AUGCCAGCAAGCGAUUUGGCCACGCCACCACGACCAGCGAACAUGGUGGAGGGAGAGCCCGCGGGCCAGCUCUCUGAGGCCGCGCGGCAUGGCCUGGACGUCGUGUUGGGGAUCAUAAACAGGCUGCGCGGCCUGGACCCCCCGCGCGUGUUUUGGGAGCCUGUCGUGGGCGUCGUCGGCUAUGCGGAGAAGAUCAAGCACCCCAUGUCGUUCCGCGUCAUGGAGAACAAGCUGCGCGCCCGCGAGUACCGUACGUGGCGGUCCUUCACCUCCGACUUUGAGCUCAUCUGCACCAACGCCAAGACGUUCAACUCGCCAAACAGCCAGGUGUGGAAGCUUGCUGGCCAGCUGCAGCGCGCGGGCCGCAAGCUUUUGCAGGCAGAGGAGCUGGCGGGGCGGCGUGCCCUGUACGAGCUGCACCCCCAGGGCCCGCGCACCGCGGCGGCAGAGGAGGAGGCGCAGAUCCUGAAGGACGCCGGCGACCCGGCGCGCAGCAGCGGCGUCCUGAUCGGUGCCACGACGUCGCUCGACGGCGGCGCGGCGCGCAGCGAGGACGGCGAGGCCGGCGUCGUGGACGGGCGCGCGGCGGGCGGCGGCAAUGGCGGUGCAGAGGAGGACGUCGCGGCCAUGCCGGCGCCGCCGGACGAGGAUGCUGCUGCGGCGGCGCGGCUGUGGGAGCCUGAGGAGCGGCUCCCCGGCAGCAACGACUGGGGCCUGCUGUUCAGAGAAGCCCCAGACCCAAGCAUGGACAGUGUAAUGCAGCAAGCGCGCCUUUCGGCGCUGCAUCUGCCAUAUGCGCUUGCCACGGGACCGGCGGCGGCAGCAGCGGCUGCGGCGGUGGCCCCAUCUGUUGCGCGGUCGACAGACGCGCGUGCGCAACAGCAGUCGGUCCAGGAAGCGGGUCAGCAGCAGCAGCAGCAGCAGCAACAGCGGCAGCAAUUGCAGCAGCAGCAGCAGCAGCAACAGCAGCAGCAGCAGCAGCAACAGCAGCAACAGCAGCAGCCGCAACAGCAGCAGCCGCAACAGCAGCAGCCGCAGGAACCUGGGCAGCCGCAAGGUUCAGCACAACAGCAGCAGCAGCAGCAGCAGCAGGAGGGGAAUGGGAACCAGCAGCAGGGCGCAACUCGGGACGCCGACAACAAGCUCGGACAGGUGCAGCAGCGGGAAGGCACGGACAAGCAGGAGCAGCCUUCCAGCGACGGUGGCGGGGUCGCAGGGGAGGCAGCGGCGGACGGAACCGACAAGUCCGACUUGCGUCAAGCGCAGCAGCAGCCGCAGCAGCCGCAGCAGCCGCCACCGCCGCAACAGCAGCAGCAGCAGCAGCAGCAGCAGCAAACACCGCAGCAGCAGCAACAACAACAGCAGCAGCAGCAGCAGCCAGCGGCCCGCUCCGCGGCGCAGGCUGCAGGCGCGCCGCCCGCGCCCGCCCCACCCGGCUUCGACCCCGCCGCGUUUGAGGCCGAGCCCGCAGCCGUGUUUGGCUCUCUGGAGGUCGUCGAGAAGCAGCUGGCAGACAUGCGGCUGCGCCUCGCAGCGGCGUUUGGCAUUGAGGUCAGCGCGGCGCCAAACGGCGUGCGCCUCGGGCCUUACGCGAUGGCCAAGCUGGCUGGCAAGCGGGGCCUCGAGCAGUUUGGCACUUUCGGUGGCGGCGCCGGCGCAAGCGGUGGCGGCGGCGGCGGCGGCGGCGGGCGGCUGGCGCGGGAGGGGUCGAUGUCGCUCAAGCGGCGGCGCGUGGGGUCGUCGGUGAUCGAUGACGAGCUGGUGCUCAGCCCCACAGCGCCGCGCAUGCUGGAGCGACCGGUGGUCAACAUCCACAUUCCCCCGGUCCGGGAGCUCCCCGCCGAGCAGCUCAAGGCGCGGCUGGUCGCCAUGACCACUUGGAACACCGCCUACUCGCAGCUCGGCGACGCCGCCCUGGCCAAGCCGCCGGCCGACGUGUCGCGCGCGCUCGCGGCCCUGGAGGAGAGCAGCGGCGACGAGGAGAGCGGCGACGAGUACUACCGCGCGCUGCACAGGGUGAUGGAGGAGGAGGAGGCGCGGCGGCUCAGCGGGUUCGCCGGCACGGGCGCGCAGCGCGGGCGGAACCAGAACAAGGCGCAGCCGGGCGACGGGAAGGACGGAGGCGUGGCGGGCCCGCCGGAGAAGAGGGGCGCGCCGGAGAAGCGCGGCGUGCCGGAAAAGCGCAGCAGCGGCGGCGGCGGCGCGCCGCCCAAGCCGCCGUCCAAGGCUCCGCUCAAAUCUGCAGGGUGGGGCGUGGCGGCGGCGCAAGCGGCAGCCGCGGCUGCAGAACCGCCGACCCCAACGCCGACACAGGCGCAGCAGCAGUCUGCGGUGCAGCCGCAGGAGCAGCAGCAGCAGCAGCAACUCCAUCAGGCGCAGGAGGGAGGGGACGGGCAAGCUGUUGCGGCCGUUCCCGAACCGGCAGCGUCAGAUGGCAUGUCGCCGGGCGGGCCUUUUGGCGGUCAGGCCACCACGCCAACUGUGGUCAAGCGCGCAACAGCGUCCGGCCCCGCGGCGGCUGCACUCAAGCGCGCCGGCAGCGGCUCGCUCUCGACGCGGUCGUCGCAGCAGUUGCAGGACCAGCAGCAGCAGGCGCCGCAGCAGGCGCAGCAGCCGGACCCGCAGGGCCGUGCCACGCGGCAGCAGGCGCAGCCGCAGAAGGCGACGAGCGCGCGGCCGGCCCGCACGCCGCGUUGA